AUGGACUCCCAGUGGCAGCCAUACCAGGAUCCCUUAAUGGGCCACCAUCCCGCGCAGUUCAACAACGGGUUGACGUCGUCUAAUCCACAACAGCUAACCUCAAAAUACGCCGGCCAGCCACAACACUCCCAGCCGCCGAUGGGAUACUCCUACGAGCCCUUCCAGUCCCCCGGCACCACGGCCAAGCCCCCUUCGAUCGGGGCAAGCUCCAAGACCGUCUCGAUGGCGUCCUCUCCCGCUGCGACGCCACGUAGUCGGGAUUAUGUCACCGAUGCCGAUACCACGAUGGAGGACGCGGAUCCGUACAACCGGGCCAAGUACUCGACAAGACCGACCCAGCAGAGCCGUCCGUCCUCGCAGUAUUUCCCCACAAAUGAAGAGUCGUCCGCCGCUCGCCGAUACUCCCCAAUGAACGUCUUGUCCCCCUCCAUGUCGUUUAACGGGAGCCCGGGCAAGUCGCAUAACGCGUACGCUUUCCCGCCCGGGCCCAAUCAGCCUCGACGGUCGCCGACCAGGACCUCGACCUACGCCUCGCCUCCCCAGGCGUUUCAAUCACCGCCCUCCGCGUCCCGGCCUCCUAGACUCCCUCCUUUGCAGCCCGCCGACAUGGGCGCCGAUCAGUUUUACCCGCCAUCUGCCGGCUCCCAGCUUAGUGCAGCGUUUGCGCAAGAUGGGAGGCCCCAUCGUGCAUCGUCUAUAUCCGGUGGAGGUCAUCAGCCCGGUCGGGGCCCGAUACCGAAAUUCCAAAAGAUCAAGUCGGUUCAAGAACUUCACCCACGCAUGAAUGUGCAGCCAGCGUACAGGCGUGCCAACCCCGAAGGCGGCUUUAUCAGCCCUCUUCACGCGUUGACAACCCAUCUCCCGGCCACCUAUCGGAUAUGCAAUCCGGGCUUCAACUACGAAUCGUCCAGGAAUCCGAGGCGGGUUCUGACAAAGCCCAGUAAGGGUGUGAAGAAUGACGGCUUUGAUAAUGAGGACAGCGACUACAUCCUGUAUGUCAACGACAUAUUGGGCAGUGAAGAAGCGGGUCACAAAAACCGCUAUCUCAUCCUGGAUGUGCUGGGUCAAGGAACCUUCGGGCAGGUCGUGAAGUGCCAGAACCUGAAAACACAGGAGGUUGUAGCCGUCAAGGUUAUCAAGAACAAGACCGCCUACUUCAACCAGAGUAUGAUGGAGGUGUCAGUUUUGGAUCUGCUCAACAGCAGAUAUGAUAAGAACGACGACCACCAUUUGCUUCGGCUGAAAGACACCUUUAUCCACAGGCAACAUCUGUGCUUGGUGUUCGAAUUGUUGAGCGUCAACCUCUACGAGUUGAUCAAACAAAAUCAAUUCCGGGGAUUGAGCACCACUCUGGUGCGCGUGUUUGCUCAGCAACUGCUGAACGCGCUGAGCCUCUUGAAUAAGGCACACCUGAUCCACUGCGAUCUUAAACCGGAGAACAUCCUGUUAAAGAAUCUCGAGAGCCCCAUUAUCAAGGUUAUUGAUUUUGGAUCAGCGUGCGAUGAGAGACAGACCGUCUACACGUAUAUCCAAUCCCGGUUUUACCGCUCGCCAGAAGUUCUUCUUGGCUUGCCGUAUUCAUCUGCGAUCGACAUGUGGUCCCUUGGUUGUAUUGUCGUCGAGCUCUUCCUCGGAUUGCCGUUAUUCCCCGGGUCCUCCGAAUACAACCAAGUCUGCCGCAUUGUGGAAAUGCUAGGCCUCCCGCCGACAUGGAUGCUAGAAAUGGGCAAGCAGUCCGGCGAAUUUUUCGAAAAGACCCAGGACGAGUUCGGACGGAAAACAUACCGCCUAAAGAGCCUGGAACAAUACUCUCGCGAGCACAACACAAAGGAGCAGCCGAGCAAGAAGUACUUCCAGGCGUCGACAUUGGAGGAAAUCAUCCGCAGCUACCCCAUGCCGAGGAAGAACAUGAAACAGGCAGAGGUUGAACGAGAACUGAACAAUCGAGUCGCUUUCAUCGACUUCGUCCGUGGCUUGUUGACGAUCAACCCGCUCGAGCGUUGGUCACCACAACAGGCCAAGUUGCAUCCCUUCAUCACACAGCAGAAGUUCACGGGACCGUUUGUCCCCCCAAUGAACUUGAAGUACUCGUCGCUCAACAAGACGGUUGCCCCUGGGAUCCAGCAACAACAGCAAGCUGAGGCGGCCAGUAAACAGAGGGCAGCGCAAGCAGUCCAGGCCCAGACGGCCGCGCAGAAUGCUUACAACAUGCAAUUGAACCAGUUCCACACGCCCCCGCAUGCUCAGCCGCCUCCGAUGUACAAUGGGAUGUUCCCUGCUCAUCAACAAGGCGCCCCCCCGCCAUACCCCACCCAGCCGCCAGCCUAUGGCCAUCAGAUGAACCUGAUCCCGGGCCAGAUGCCUCAAGGGCAAUACGCGCCGUCCCAGAGUCUCUACGCGCAAGCAACAACGCGGGCUGGUCGACAGCGCGCGUCUACCAUGGACCCUCAGGGUGGAGGUAUCCCACCGACUAUCCAGCGCGUGGCCAGCCAUCUCGACCCCAAUGCCCCGAUUAGGUUACAGCCCAGCCCAGCGUACUACCCACCUCCCCCGGAUGGGUAUGUUGACAGCAGUCCGGCCAACCAGAGGCGCCGGGGAAGCCGUGCCGGUGGGACCAGGAACCGCGACUUCAUCCGUACCCUUGAAGAUGGCGUACUUGGGGGCGAAGGCUUCAUGGGCCAGAACCAGUGGCAUUGAGCGCACGCAUGUCAGGAGCAGGCUGAUAGCCCCUGAAGGUACAUCAGCCCUACGGUUAAGCCAUUCUCGCUAUCGGGCCAGUACGGGCGCCAGGUGCGUUUAUCGCGAGGUCGACGCAGAGCUGUUCCAGAAUACCCUCUUCUGCUUGGUAUUUGGAGCCGUGGUUGAUUCACUUCCCCGUCUCUUUGAUGUCAGGUCUGCCGAGACCCCCCUGGGCCCCUGAUACAAGGAGUGCUGCUUUCGAGAUGACCUGCGACCCCCGCCUGCGUGUUUGCAGGUCCUGGUUGGAACGCGUUCCUCCGCCCAGCAGGUCGGAGAACUCCCCGGGGAGAAGAUAUAAUUAAACAUCCGACCUCCGCCGUGGCGGCGAGCCCGGGUGGACAUCCAUCCUGGCUGCCGCACCACCCGCCGGGGGAUCGGUGCACCUUUUCCUAUAGUCGAGCGCUUUAGUGUUCCCGAUGCUCAUCCUC